AUGGAUGUAUCCAAGUUGAACUUAACUUCUUUGAAGGAUAAGAUUGCUACCAAGUUAGGUAGUCUGAAUUCUAAAAAGAGUAAAUCAAAGAAGGAUGAUAAGAAGAAGGAAGUUAAAGACAAUAACCCAGUAAGUCAAAAUGAAGAUGAAAGUGAAGAAGAUGUCUUAAGACGUGAAGCUUUAGCUUUAGGUGCAACUGAAGAUGAUCUUGCCUUGAUUAUGGGUAUUGAUGAAGGGGAAGAAAGUGAACAAGAAUUUGAAGACACUGGUAAGAUUGACAAAUCAUUUGGGAAUGACUUAAGUAAGUUCAUGAGUGGAAUUGGUUUAGGAAAUGGUGAAGCAGUAGUUGUUGAUGAUGUUCCAGAAUUAGUUGAAGAAGAAGAAGACGAUGAAGAUGACGAAGAAGAAGAAGAAGAAGAAGAAGAAGAAGAAGAAGAAGAAGAAGAAGAAGAAGAAGAAGAAGAAGCAGAAGUUGAAGAAGCAGAAGUUGAAGAAGAAGAAGAAGAAGAAGAAGAAGAAGAAGAAAGUGAGGAAGAAAGUGAAGAUGAAGUUGUCGUCAAAGAAGCAGAUUUAAGAAAGAAGCAACCAAAACAAAGUAACAAGGUUGAAGAUGUCACCACUGUUAUCAGUUCACAAUUAGUUGUACCAAAUCGUACUGACUGGUACAAUGUCCCUAUCGAUAAAGUACCUAACCCAGAAAAGUUAGAUAGAUUCGCCAAAGAAAGAUUACUUGAAAGAGCUAAAACAACCAUUGAAAAAGAUAACAAAACUUAUCUUGAAGAAUUUGCAUCUAAUAACUCCCAAAGAAAGUUCUUGUCCCAAAUUUUAUCCGAUGGUACUUUAAACGAUAAAAUCUCUGCCUUAACAUUGUUAUUCCAAGAAGCUCCAUUACAUAAUCUUAAAGCAUUUGAUACCUUAAUUGGAUUCUGUGAAAAGAAAUCAAGAACCGCUGCUUUACAAUCAAUUGCUGCUCUUAAGGAUUUAUUAUUAAAUGGUGUAUUACCAGAUCGAAAAUUACUUGCAUUUGAUAAACAACCAAUGACUAAAGAAUUAUCCAAUACUACUUUAGCAGUUUAUUAUUUUGAAGAUAUAUUAAAGAAACAUUAUUUCAAAUUAAUUCAAAUCUUAGAAGUUUUAUGUCAUGAUCCAAUUCUUCAUGUUAGAAUGAAUGCUGUUAAUCAUAUUUUCGAUUUAUUAAAUAAGAAACCCGAACAAGAAGUGAAUUUAUUGAAAUUAGGUGUUAAUAAAUUAGGUGAUAUUGAUAAUAAAGUUUCAUCUAAAACUUCAUAUCUUUUAUUACAACUUGAACAAGCUCAUCCUGCUAUGAAAGCUAUUGUUACUGAUUCAAUCAUCGAUGUUAUCUUUAAAACUGGUAGUGACUAUCAUGCUAAAUACUAUGCCAUUACCACCUUGAAUCAAACUAUUUUAACUCGUCGUGAAGAAGAAUUAGCUAAUAAAUUGGUUAAGACUUAUUUCUCACUUUUUGAAAAAGUUUUAGUUGAAAGUGAUGGUUUCACAAAGGAAGAAGAUAAAUCUGAUAAAGUUGUUGGAAAAUCUGAAAAGGGUAGAAAGAAUAAUAGAAAGAACUUUAAGAAGGGUAAAAAAGGGGGUAAAUCAGUUAAACAAGAAGAUAAAUCAGAACUGGAAAUAAUCGAAGAAAAAAAUACAAGAUUAUUUUCAGCUCUUUUAACUGGUUUAAACAGAGCUUUCCCAUUUUCUAACUUGCCUGCUGAAACUUAUGAAAAGCAUUUAGAUACUUUAUUCAAAAUCACUCAUUCAUCUAAUUUCAAUACCUCAGUUCAAGCCUUGUCAUUAGUCCAUCAUAUCAUAAGUCAACAAAAAUUAAAUAGUGAUAGAUAUUUCAGAACCUUAUAUGAAUCAUUAUUAGAUUCCAGAUUAUUAACUUCUUCAAAGCAAGGUAUUUAUUUGAAUUUGUUAUUCAAAUCAUUAAAGAAUGAUGCUAAUGUUCCAAGAAUAUUAGCUUUUGUUAAGAGAAUUUUACAGAUUUGUUGUCAUUGGAUUAAUAUUGGUAGUAUUUCCGGUAUGUUAUUUUUAUUAAUGGAAUUAUCUAAAUCAUUCCCACAAAUUCAAGAUUUAAUGAUUGAAUUUGCAUCUAGACCUGAUCCCGAAGAAGAUGAAGAAGACGAAAAAGUUGAAUCUAAGGAAGUUGAAGAAAAAUCAGAAAGUACUGAACCAAAGAAAGACGAUGAAGAAUAUGAUCCUCGUAAACGUGAUCCAAAAUUCGCUAAUGCUGAUAAAUCGUCGUUAUGGGAAUUAACUCAAUUCUUAAAUCAUUAUCAUCCAACUGUAUCAAUUUAUGCUCAAUCUUUACUUGAAGGUAAGAAUCAACCAAAACCUGAUUUAGGAUUAUUUACAUUGGCUCAUUUCUUAGAUCGUUUCGUAUAUAAGAAUGCUAAAGAAAAACCAAUUACUAAAGGUAGUUCUAUUAUGCAACCUUUAGGAGGUGCUCAUACUGGAUCAUUAUUAGUUAAGGCUACUAAUGUUUUAAGUUCAGAACUUCCAGCUAAUACUGAAGAUUGGUUAAAUAAAAAAGUUCAAGAUAUUAAACCUGAUGAAGAAUUCUUCUAUCAAUAUUUUACUACUAAAGUUAAUAAAUUAAGAGGUAAGAAGGAAGAUAAAGAAGAAGAAAUUGACGAAGAAGAUGCCGAAGAAAUGGGAGAUGCUGAAAUUUGGAAGGCAUUGGUUAAUUCUAAACCUGAAGUUGAAGGUGAAGAUGAUGAUAUUGAUGAAGGAUAUUCUGAUUUUGAUGAAGGUGAUUUCUCUGAUUUAAGUGAUGGUGAAGGUGAAGAUGCCGAUGAAGGUGAUGCACUUGAAUUCUUAGAUGAUGAAGCUGUCGAAGAAGAGAAUGAUGACGAAGAAGAAAUAGUUGACGAGCAAAGUGAUAAUGAAGAGGAAGAAGAUGAUGGUAUUUUCGGUAUUAACGAUGACGACGAAUUAGAUGAUGAAGACGUUGAUCUUAAAAUGUUAGGUGAUUCCGAAGACGAUGAAGAUAACGAUGUCGACGGAGAUUCGGAAGAAGAUACUACAGCUGCCGUUACUGUCAAAAAAUCCAAUAAACGUACCUUAAACGGUAAAGAUGGCGAUAAGAAACCGAAGUCAAAAAAGGCUAAGCUUAAUUCAUUACCAAUCUUUGCAUCGGCAGACGAUUAUGCUCAAUACUUAAACUCCGACGACGAUGAUGACUUAGAGUGA